GGUGACAACUGUUCGUCUAUCAGCACCCAUCUUGGAUUCGCGUCGACUGACCUUAUAAUUCUGAAUCCCAGCCUCGACUGCUCCAAGCCCAUCAAGGCAGGCCACUCUCUGUGCCUCGAGCGCAACGCCACCUUCGCCUUCACCAACCCUAAGUGCUUGCAGUACGGCAUGCUCACAGCACAGGACACGUGUGAGGGCCUGCUGCAGAAGGGUUUGGAGUCUGGUGAGGAGGAACCUGAGGGGCCGGUAGCAGUGACUGCAGAGAGCUGGGUUGACCUCUACCGCAACAAUCCCGGCCUCAUCUGUCCCCGCACCACUCCUGCGUCCAGCGCCACUGUUGCCAGUGUGAACAGCGUGCAG